AUGAAGCCAUUCCAUCCACUAGUAAAGACAUUGAUUAGGAACUGGAGUUUGGUGUGGCAGUACACAACCCUGCUGGAGAGGCUCCUGGACCUGGAGGCUGAGACCAGAGACUGCUUUAACAGGCUCUAUAACAUACGACAACAUGAAGCCUUCCUCAAAGUUAUUUUGGUGAGUUGCAAGGGGAUGGGCUUCAUGAGGUCAAGUCAUUUCAUUAAAUUGUCCCAUGAGUGUUUCUUCAAGAGUAUUCUGUUUCAUAAAGACAGUUUACCCAUACUUCUGCUUCAGUUCUUCACCAGGCAGAUGUCAUUCUAUGUGCAAAGCAAGUUGAAUCCCUACAGACUGAACUAGCGACACGGAAGAAGCUUUUGAGGAUCACCGUUCAUUCGAAGACUGCAGUACCCACUGCACCGGGUUUUGUAAGUAUCUUGCACAUAUACAGUACCAGUCAAAAGUUUGGACAUCAUGUAGUAACCAAAAAAGUGUUAAACAAAUCAAAAUAUAUUUUAUAUUUGAGAUUCUUCAAAUAGCCACCCUUUGCCUUGAUGACAGCUUUGCACACUCUUGGCAUUAUCUCAACCAGCUUCAUGAGGUAGUCACCUGGAAUGCAUUUGAAUUAACAGGUGUGCCUUGUUAAAAGUUAAUUUGUGGAAUUUCUUUCCUUCUUAAUGCGUUUGAGCCAAUCAGUUGUGUUGUGACAAGGUAGGAGGGGAGGGGAGGGGAGGGUAGGAGGGGGGGGGGGGGGGGGGGGGGAGGGGAGGGGGGGGGGGGGGGGGUGGUAUACAGAAGAUGGAUCUAUUUGGUAAAAUACCUAGUCCAUAUUAUGGCAAGAACAGCUCAAAUAAGCAAAGAGAAACGACAGUCCAUCAUUACUUUAAGACAUGAAGGUCAGUCAAUACGGAACAUUUCAAGAACUUUGAACGUUUCUUCAAGUGCAGUCGCAAAAACCAUCAAGUGCUAUGAUGAAACUGGCUGUCAUGAGGACCGCCACAGGAAUGGAAGACCCAGAGUUACCUCUGCUGCAGAGGAUAAGUUCAUUAGAGUUACCAGCCUCAGAAAUUGCAGCCAAAAUAAAUGCUUCACAGAGUUCAAGUCACAGACACAUCUCAACAUCAACUGUUCAGAGGGGACCGUGUGAAUCAGGCCUUCAUGGUCGAAUUGCUGCAAAGAAACCACUACUAAAGGACACCAAUGAGAGGAAUAGACCUGCUUGGGCCAAGAAACACGAGCAAUGGACAUUAGACCGGUGGAAAUCUGUCCUUUGGUCUGAUGAGUCCAAAUUUGAGAUUUUUGGUUCCAACCGCCGUGGCUUUGUGAGACGCGGUGUGGGUGAACGGAUGAUCUUCGCAUGUGUAGUUCCCACCGUAAAGCAUGGAGGAGGAGGUGUUAUGGUGUGGGGGUGCUCUGCUGGUGACACUGUCAGUGACAAUUAACCAGCAUGGCCACCACAGCAUUCUGCAGCGAUACGCCAUCCCAUCUGGUUUGGGCUUAGUGGGACUAUCAUUUGUUUUUCAACAGGACAAUGACCCAACACACCUCCAGGCUGUGUAAGGGCUAUUUUACCAAGAAGGAGAGUGAUGGAGUGCUGCAUCAGAUGACCUGGCAUCCACAAUCCCCCGACCUCAACCCAAUUGAGAUGGUUUGGGAUGAGUUGGACGGCAGAGGGAAGGAAAAGCAGCCAACAAGUGCUCAGCAUAUGUGGGAACUCCUUCAAGACUGUUGGAAAAGCAUUCCAGGUGAAGCUGGUUGAGAGAAUGCCAAGAGUGUGCAAAGCUGUCGUUAAGGCAAAGGGUGGCUAUUUGAAGAAUCUCAAAUAUAAAAUGUAUUUUGAUUUGUUUAACACUAUUUUGGUUACUACAUGAUUCCAUAUGUGUUAUUUCAUAGUUUUGAUGUCUUCACUAUUAUUCUACAAUGUUGAAAAUAGUAAAAAUAAAGAAAAACCCUUGAAUGAGUAGGUGUGUCCAAACUUUUGACUGGUACUGUAUAUUCGGUUAUAUUUGAGUUACCGGGAGUGUAAUAGGAAUUUCCAAGUGAAUAAAAGAGAAGUCGAAGAUAAAGUCAAUCUUAAAUCCAUUUGGUUUAAUACAAGUUGCAACAGGGAGACAUCUAGCAUAGAAAAUGUCUAACUGGCCUCUUGGAGACAGGCCCAUUUAUAUACUAAUACAACAGUGAAUAAUCAGUGUGUCCUCAGUCCAUGCACUUGGUCCUCCAGUCUGGCGUCAAUCACUAUCAACAGAUAUGAGAACAAUCCAUAACAUUCAGCAUCAGGUCUAGUAACCAUCAACCCACACCUAAAAUGUCGCAAACAGAACAAUGGAAAGCAUGCGUAUUACAGAAACUCCAAAUAGUGAUCAAAUAUACAUUUGAUCACGCUUAAUAAAAAUAUGAACUUUAGUAAUCUUAAAUAUUCCCAUUACAUGGUAGUUUCCCAGACACAGAUUAAACCUAGUUCUACACUAAAAAGCACAGGAAUCUCCAUUGAAAGUGCUUUUUAGUCCAGGGCUUAACCUACAGUAUGUCUGGGAAACCGGCCCUUAAUGUCUAGGCCUCAACUCUCAUACUAUAUGUCCUCUUCCAGCCCCAUUUCACAGCUCUAGCAAACUAUUGGUCAGGUCUUCAGGAUGAGAUGGUGCUGUUGAGCAUCCUCAGUAACAUGAUGGUGAACCUGCAGCCCUUCCUGGCUGCUUAGUCCCAGCUCUUCCCUGAUGGUCAGUUGGAGGACAUACUGGUGUCGGUGAUCAAGACCGACGAGCAGAGAAUGAAGGAGUCUUCAGGUAAGUACUGUGUUACCACACUCACAUUCACCAACAGUAUAGGUCUGCGUUUCUUACAUCUCUAUCAUAAGCUCAAAACCAUAUUGACCCCUUUGAGAUCAAAACACAAAAGUAGCUCUUGCCUGAGACAACAUCCAACUUUGACAAAUUACCACUGCAAUACAAGGGAAUUUGUGGUUAUACACCAGUGGAGGCUGCUCAGGGGAGGACGGCUCAUAAUAAUGUCUGGAAUGCAGUCAAUGGAAUGGUAUCAAACACAUUUCAUGUGGUUGAUACCAUUCCAUUGACUCCAUUCCAGCCAUUAUUAUGAGCCGUCCUCCCCUCAGCAGCCUCCACUGUUAUACACUCGUGAAGAAGGAUGGGCUUUUACUGCCAGGUGUGUAGAUUUUUGGAGGUGGCAUUUGUAUAUAUUGUUACAAUAUUUAAAAUAUUCACAAUAAGUGACUAUGUUUUUUCAGGCAACCCAAGCAUAGCAGUCCUGAAACAUAGUGAGAAAUACUAUGUUUUCAGCUCCAAGAAGGCAGCUUUAAGAUUGGGAUCCAACCAGAUGAGUACAUUGCCCGUGUGGCAGAGAAAACAAAGUGGUCCCCUGAGCUUAUCCAGCUCCUCCAACAGUUUGCCUGUGUCACUCCACACUCUGAGGUAUGUUCACUUACAAUAUCAUAAUUCUUAAGUUGUAUCUUCAGAACUUGCAGAGAUAUUCUUACCAACGGUGCACUGAAAUUCUGUCUCUGCAGAUCCGGUCCGGGGAGAGACAGUUGGUAAAACCCAUCAUGAAGUGUGACAGCAGCACUCAGAUGGACACUCAUUUGUUGGAAACUAACAUUGUGAACUCAUACGAGUGGAGUGAGUGGGAGCUGAGGAGAAAAGCAAUCAAAUUGGUCAGUGAUUUCAUUGACUCAUUAUUGAGUGUACUGUUAUAUUCUAUCAGUGGUAGGGUUACCAUGGUCUUCUUGCUUGGCUCUUUUUUAUUCAAGAAGGUAAACAUUUGAACAGUCUCUUAUGUCCUGCCUUUUUUUCAGGCCAAUCUUCGUAGUAAAGUGACCCCCUCAAUGCAGACUAAUCUAAUUCACUUGAGGAGGAAGAAUGUCACCCAAACCUACCUCCCCAAAGAUGGUGCAUGCCAGAGCAAGAGGAAUGUGUUCCUGGCUGGUCUUCAAGGAGGGAAAACCAACACUACACAUAUGAUGAGAACAAACUUGACCAGAUCAGUAGAUUAA